AUGUCCGCAGCAGCCUCCACCUCCGCCGGCCCCUCCAUGUCUCGCUCGACCAACCCCUCUGCAGCUCCUUCCCAACACUCCGUCACUCCCUCUAACGCACCCUCAAACUCCAAAUCUCUGACAGCGCUCUCCGCAACUCUCCCACAUAACUCAUCAUCGCUUCCACACAGUCCCGAGACCAUGCGGCAGAUCCAAGAAUCGCGCGCCGCGCUACUGGCGCAAAUGAACAGCGUCGGACAAUCAGCUACAGCUUCUAUCCAAGAACGCGCGCAAACUCUCCAUAGCAACUUCCAGCAGCUGGGGAAACAGGAGAAGGAGUUGGCAAAAGCCGUGGACGGGUUGAAGAAAGAGAGUGGGAAGUUGGAAAGAGUCGCUAAGGAGGGGAGUAGAAGGGUCAAGGAGCUGGGGAAUGUACAAAAUUGGGCGGAGGUACUGGAGAGAGAUUUUUUGGUAUUGGGGGAGACUAUCAGGUUGGCUAAUGGGGGAAGCGACUGGAGUGGAAGUGGGAGUGAGGAAAGUUGGAGUAGUUAUAGUGGGAGUGAGGAUGGGCGGGAUGAUGGGGAAGAAGGGAGAAGAGGGGUGGAAGAGGUGGGUAAUAGGACCUUGGAUGGGGAAGGAGAUGUUGCUAUGGAGGGCGUGUUGACCGGUGGGGAGGGCGUGGCAAAGUCGUCUGGUGUGGAUACACAAGUGGACGUAGUUGAAAAUGAAGGGAAGGGAAACGAUGAUGCUGAUAUCGCGGAGUCGGUCCACACGAGAGAAGGCACAGUCUCUACGGGGAUGCAGAUUGAUAAUAUUGGAGGAUCUUCGACUGCAACUACAGGAUCCCGUGGAACCGAGACCACUCAACAAUCUGGGAGUUCUUCCAUCCAUACUACACAAUCGGCGAUGGGUUGA